UGUGACUCCUGGUGAGUCAAAUAUUCUUGGCUCUGCAUACUCACCGUUCAACACAAGACCUGAGAAACACAGUCUAUAGAUCAAAGUGUAAAAUAUAAUAGGGAAUAUGAGUAGCAUGACAGGAAUCACUCCAAAGUUAAUAGGCCUAUGUGCUUCAGCACAGGAAAUCUUGAACAGAUGUGCAAGACAAAUUACGGCAGAAAUUGAACAGGGGGUUGAGAAACACUAUAAAGAAGUUCUCAAUGUUUCGUCUGGUGAUUUCCACGGAAUGGGAUUAAAACCAAUCACCAUCACUCGUCAGGUGCUGGCCGCUUGUUUCUACCCCUCGCUCCUGAAUGAUGAGAGUUUACCCUUGGAUGCAAGAGAGAGGGCGCAAAGCAUUCUUCGUGAAACUGAGGCAGGGAGCAUAGGAUCAUACACUGCUGCACGUGGGAUUAAAAAAAUCCAAGCCUCCGUAUGUAAAUUUAUCACCAAACGUGAUGGUGUUGUUCCUGAUCCUGACAACAUCUACAUCACAAAUGGGUCCCAGACAGGCCUCAUAAUUGUACUGAAGCUGCUGGUUCAGCGUGAGACCGGGGUUCUUACUCCUGUACCGUCCAACUCCACCUUUAACAUGGCAGUGGUUGCUCUGGGAGGACUUGUGGUGCCUUACUACCUGCAUGAGGAGCAGGGAUGGGCAGUGCAGCUUGAAGAACUGCGUCGAGCGCUGCACACAGCCAGGGGCCGAUGCAACCCAACAGUGUUAUACAUCAUCAAUCCAGGAAGUCCGACAGGCCACGUGCAGAGUAAGGAUUCAAUUGAGGAAGUGAUUCGCUUUGCUGCAGAAGAAAGGCUCUUCUUAAUGGUAGAUGAGGUGCAUCAGGACAAUGUGUAUGGGAAAGGAAUUGAGUUUUAUUCAUAUAGAAGAGUACUGGCUGAAAUGGGUCCCCCAUACUCCAGCACAGUGGAGCUGGCCUGCUUUAACUCCAUCUCCAAGAGUGUCAUGGGAGAGUCUGGUCUGCGUGGAGGCUACUUGGAGUUGGUGAACCUUGACCCUUUAGUGCUUCCAUAUGUCUACAACUACUUCAACUUGACAGUUUGUGCCUCGGUGGGCGGACAAAUCGCUGUGGAUUUGAUGGUUGACCCUCCACAACCCACACAGCCGUCGUAUGACCUCUACACUCAAGAGGUUCAGUCAAUUAGGAGGGCAAUAAGGAAUAACGCCCAGAAGACCCUGGAGGUUCUCAGUGGCCUACCUGGAAUCAGCUGUCAGCCAGUAAAUGGAGGAAUAUUUGCCUUCCCACGUCUGCAUUUGUCCCAGUCUGUAAUAAAACAUGCCAAGGAGAAGCAGCUGGAGCCAGACUUGCUGUACAGUUUGCGUUUGCUGGAGGAAGAAGGCUUGUGUGUGGGAGCUGGAUGUGUGCACGGGCAAAAAGAAGGAACCCAUCACAUCAGGAUUUGCCUAGCGACUCCAGAGAACACCAUGAAGGACGUGCUGCAGAGGCUGGAGAGUUUCCAACUGCGCUUCAUUAAAGAGUUCCCCUGAUCAGCCACCCUGGCAUAAACAUGAGGAAUCUGAAAAUAGUAUUCUUAUUAAUUAAAAUGCUUCCUCUGAAUGUAGCUUCUGAGGCUGUAUUCUGUCCUGUUACAUCAGUCGAUUUUCUGGACUCUGUAUUCAGAGUAUGCAAAUGAUCCGAUUUUUCAGUGAUUCAGAUUUCAGAGUCAGACGCCCGUCUGAAUAGCGAUCAAGUGCGUAGUUAUAUCUGAGGUCUGUAUACUAAUGUGCACAGAGUCUGUAUUGAAUAUAGCCCUCAGUCUCUAGCCUUCAUCAUUAAUAAGAAAAUGCACCAUAAACCAUCAAGUUUAACGGUUCAACAUGGUUAUAUUGUAGCAUUAAUUAUAAAUCAAAUCAAUGUAAUAAAUUAAAUCACUUAUGAGCAUUCCUCAACCAGGAAGAACUCUAGCUUAACAAAAACAACAACAAUACAAUAAAUAAAGCUCAUACUCUCAAAGAA